AUGAGAUGGUGCAAAGAUGGAAAAUGCAAGGCCCGUCGCCAGUGGCCCAAGUCGCGCGAGGGGACACCCACACCAGUCCACUGGAAACGCCGCCUGUGCCACGGCGAAGCUCUGCUGGAGCAGGUACGGCAACCGUUUUACGCGGGAAACCCCCGGACGCACGAGGAGCGCCAGCGUGCAGAGGCGCGAGCGGCUCUCAUCUCCGACUUCAGCAACUACCCGGAGCAGAUGACCUUUGCCGAGACGCACCACUUCCUGACGGCCUGCUUCGACAACAUCGACCGGUACUUCUACACCGGAGCCUUCUCCUCCGGCCGAGUCAUCAACGUCCGGCUGAUCCUGAGGGAGGGGAUCCCGUACAGCAGGUGGGCGCCCGGCGUCGAGAAGCCGCGGCACGCCAGCAGCCACGACUACACCAAGCGCAGGAUCUGGCGCAUCGACAUGUGCCGCACGUGGUACGGCGGCCAGCAGCCGUCGAAGCUCGCGCUGCUGCGGAUCCUCAUCCACGAGAUGACGCAUCUCUACAUAUGGAUUUUCCACCGCUGUCCUGACGAGCGGCAGCGGCUGACGCUGGGCAGGAACAUGCGCAGUCCGUUGUGGAGGAGGUGCAACCAAGUGAUCGCCCGCAAAGUGGCCGAGUUCGAUCCCGUGUUUGCGGUGUAUGUCGACGACGAGGGCCGGUUUGGCAUCUUCCCCGAGAGGUCGGACACUUGGCUCUACCUGGAAGAUGUCUAUCUCAGGACUAUGGCGCGUUACCCCGGCUUCAGACGAGAUUAUAACCAGGAACCGAUGUGGGUUCGAAAGGGUCUGUCCAUGACCUUGGAGCCUCGUCCCAAUCCGCCGUUGAUGACUGGCCUCACUUCUCUGAGAUAUCCCGAGUACAUCGACUACGUCAGGGACCGAGUGCCUGGGUACGAGAAGGCCUAUGCGGCGGGUGCGUUGGUGCUUCUUACUGGUCUGUUCUCCCCCGAAGCCAUCGUGGCCAUCCUGAGCCUCGUUGUAGCCCUACCGCCAUCCGUCCUCGUGUUCCUGCAAUGGAGGAGGUAUUACCAGCGUCAGAAGGCCGAGGUCGACCGCCUGCCAACCACACAAGCGCCUCCUCCGCCUACUCCAUCUCAGCAUGUCAUGCUCCCUCCAAGCCUUCAUCGAGCCGCCGCCGGCAAGCCUGACGGGACAACGUUCGAGGUGGUCUUCGCAGAAGGGCCACACAGCCAUCGCUUCACGUACACACGAGCAUCAUCAGAUACUUGCAGCCAAUGA